UUAAGGCCCACUCCCCACAGCUUACAGCCAGCGGCAGCCAGCCGCAGCCAGCCAGCCACGUCGUUCUUCUUUCCUCGUUGGAGACUUUUAGCACAAAGAACGCAACCUGCUGUUGAGCCGCUGCAGUAGCAUGGGAGCCUUGGGUUCACUCUGGGUUUUCUUCACUCUCAUCACUCCAGGAGUUCUUGGUCAGUGUAAGUUGCUGCCAAAGUAUGCUUUUGCUAAGCCUAUUAUUGAGAGUGAUAAGUCUGAGUUUGCUGUUGGAACAACUUGGGAAUACAAAUGCCUUCCUGGGUAUAUUAGGAAGUCAUUCUUUAUCACCUGCUUAGAAACCUCCAAAUGGUCAGAUUCUCAGCAUUUCUGUAAACGUAAAUCAUGUGCAAGUCCUAAAGAACCCCUCCAUGGCUCUGUGCAUAUAAACACGGGUUUCAAGUUUGGGUCAACAAUUACAUAUUCUUGUGAUAAAGGAUACCGACUCAUUGGUGACUCAUCUGCUACAUGUAUUAUAUCAGACAAUAAUGUAAUUUGGGAUAACGAUGUGCCUAUUUGUGAAUCUAUUCCUUGUGAGUCACCACCAGUCAUUUCCAAUGGAGACUUCCACAGCAGCAAUAGAGACAGCUUUUCCUAUGGAAUGGUAGUAACUUAUUAUUGCCAUGCUGGAAAGAAUAGGGAAAAACUGUUUGAUCUGGUGGGUGAGAAGUCAAUAUAUUGCACCAGCAAAGACAAUCAAGUUGGCAUCUGGAACAGUCCACCUCCUCAGUGUAUUCCUAUAGUCAAGUGCCCAUUGCCAGAAAUUGAAAAUGGAGUUGUGGAGUCUGGAUUUAAACACUCCUUCUUCUUAAACGAUACAGUAAUGUUUAAGUGCAAGUCUGGUUUUACCAUGAAAGGCAGCAGUAUAGUGUGGUGCCAGCCAAACAGCAAAUGGAGCCCUCCACUGCCAACAUGCUUCAAGGGGUGUCUACCACCUGAAAAUAUCCACCAUGGUGAUUAUAACAAAAAGGAUAAGGAAUUAUUUUCUGUUGGCCAGGAAGUGUCAUAUAGUUGUGAACCUGGUUAUACUCUCAUUGGAAUUAACCUUGUGGAAUGUACAUCCUUGGGAACCUGGAGCCAUGCGGCCCCGACAUGUGAAGUGAAAUCAUGUGAUGCCAUUCCAAACCAACUUCUCAAUGGCCAUGUGUUUCUUCCCCCUAACUUCCAGCUUGGGGCAGAGGUUUCUUUUGUCUGUGACCCAGGGUUCCAGUUAAAUGGCAAAUCUUCUAGUCAGUGUGUCCCAGAAGGAGAGACAGUAAUCUGGAAUAAUAAGUUUCCUGUCUGUGAACAGAUUUCUUGUGACCCACCUCCUAAAGUAAGCAAUGCUCGGGAUUUCUACUAUUCUCUUCCCAUACUUCCUGGAACUGUUGUGAAGUACACUUGUUUACCUGGCUUCCGUCUCAUUGGAGAAAAGACUAUUUUUUGUAUAAGUAAAGAUCAAGCAAAUGGCACUUGGGAUAAAGCUGCUCCUAUAUGUGAACAUCUGAAUAAAAAAUCUGUUUGCUCAGAGCCCAGAAUACUAGGGGGAUUCAGAAAUAAAGGAUCUAGAGCACCAUUCAGACAUGGUGAUUCUGUGACAUUUACCUGUAGAUCCAACUUCACCAUGAAAGGGAGCAAAACUGUCUGGUGCCAAGCAAAUGAAAUGUGGGGACCAACACCACUGCCCGUCUGUGAGAGUGAUUUUCCUCUGGAGUGCCCAUCACUUCCCACCAUCCAUAAUGGACACCACACAGGACAGCACGAUGGCCAGUUUGUUGCAGGACUGUCUGUGACAUACAGUUGUGAACCUGGUUAUUUGCUUAUUGGACAAAAGACAAUUAAGUGUUUAUCUUCAGGAGAUUGGGAUGGUGUCAUUCCCACAUGCAAAGAGGCCAAGUGUGAACCCCUGGGGAAGUUUCCCAAUGGGCAGGUAAAAGAGCCUCUAAGUCUUCAGGUUGGCACAACUGUGUACUUCUCCUGUAAUGAAGGGUACCAAUUACAAGGACAACCCUCUAGUCAAUGUGUAAUUGUUGAACAGAAAGCCAUUUGGACCAAGAAGCCAGUAUGUAAAGAAAUUUUCUGCCCACCACCUCCAACUGUUCUUAAUGGAAGACAUACAGGCAGCUUUUCAGAAAAUGUACCAUAUGGAAGCACAGUUACCUAUGCUUGUGACCCAAGCCCAGAGAAAGGAGUUAACUUCAUUCUUAUUGGAGAAAAGACUAUCUAUUGUACCAGUGACAGUCAGAAGACUGGGAUCUGGAGCGGCCCUGCACCACACUGUGAACUUUCCGUUUCUGCAGUUCAAUGUCUACAACCCCAGGUCAAGAGAGGGCAAAUGUUAUCUAUUUUGAAAGAUAGCUAUUCCUAUAAUGACACUGUGACAUUUUCUUGUGAAUCUGGCUUCACCUUGAAGGGCAGCAGGAGAAUUCGAUGUAAUGCCCAGGGCACAUGGGAGCCAUCAGUACCAGUGUGUGAAAAAGAAUGUCAGGCUCCUCCAAAAAUCAUUAAUGGGCAAAAAGAGGAUAGGCACUUCCUCAACUUUAACCCUGGUACAUCCAUAAGAUAUAGCUGUGACCCUGGCUAUUUAUUGAUGGGAGAAGACACUAUACAUUGUACCCCUGAGGGGAAGUGGACUCCUAUUGUCCCUCAAUGCAAAGUUGCAGAGUGUAAGCCAAUAGGCCCACACCUCUUUAAGAGGCCUAAGAAUCAGUUCAUCAGGACAGCUGUUAAUUCGUCUUGUGAUGAAGGGUUCCAGUUAAGUGAGAGUGCUUAUCAACUAUGUCAAGGUACAGUUCCUUGGUUUAUAGAGAUUCGUCUUUGUAAAGAAAUCACCUGCCCACCACCUCCUGCUAUCCACAAUGGGAUACAUACAGGGAGUUCUUCAGAAGAUGUCCCAUAUGGAACUGUGGUCACAUAUAUGUGUUAUCCCGGGCCAGAGGAAGGAGUGCAAUUCAACCUCAUUGGAGAACACACCAUCCACUGUACAAGUGACAGCAGAGGAAGAGGAUUCUGGAGUGGCCCUGCUCCUCUCUGUAAUCUUUCCCUCCCUGCUGUUCAGUGCUCAGAUGUCCAUGUCCCAAAUGGAAACAAGAUCAGUGUCAAUGGAGCCCCAUAUUUCUACAAUGAUACUGUGACAUUCAAGUGUGAUAAUGGGUACAUUUUGAUUGGAAAUAGGGAGAUCCGUUGUAAAGCCAAUAACACCUGGGAUCCUAAAAUACCACUUUGUGAAAAAGAAGGAUGUGAGCCUAUGAGAGAACUUCCUGACUUUCCAAAUGACACACAUGUAAAACUAGUGAAUAGAACCUGUCAAAAUGGGUACCAGUUGACUGGACAUACUUACGAAAAGUGUCAAAAUGCUAAGAAUGGGACUUGGUUCCAAAAGAUUGCAAUUUGUACAGUUAUUCUCUGUCAACCUCCACCAAACGUUGCAAAUGGUAGUCAUACAGGCAUGAUGGCAGAGCACUUCCUGUAUGGAAAUGAAGUCUCUUAUGAAUGUGAUCAAGGAUUCUAUCUUUUGGGAGAGAAAACUUUGCAGUGCAUAAAUGAUUCUAAAGGACAUGGAUCUUGGAGUGGACCUCCACCACAGUGCUUACAAUCUUCUCCUCUAACUCAUUGCCCUGAUCCAGAAGUCAAGCAUGGAUACAAACUCAAUAAAACUCAGUCUGCAUAUUUCCAUAAUGACACAGUACAUUUUGUCUGCAAUCAAGGCUUCAUCAUGAAUGGCAGUCACUUGAUAAGGUGUCAUACUAAUAACACAUGGGUACCAGGUGUACCAGCUUGUAUCAGAAAGGCUUUCUUAGGGUGUCAGUCUCCAUCCACAAUCCCCAAUGGGAAUCAUACUGGUGGUAAUAUAGCUCGAUUUUCCCCUGGAAUGUCAGUCACGUACAGCUGUUACGAAGGUUACCUCCUGGCUGGAGAGGCAAUUCUUAUCUGUACUCAUGAGGGUACCUGGAACCAACCUGCCCCUUAUUGCAAAGAGGUAAACUGUAGCUUCCCUAAAGAUACAAAUGGAAUCCAGAAGGGACUCCAGCCUGGUAAAACAUACCGGUUUGGAGCUACUGUGACUUUGGAAUGUGAGGAUGGAUAUACCUUGGAGGGAAGUCCACAGAGCCAGUGCCAGGGUGACCACCAAUGGAACCCUCCCCUGGCUAUCUGCAAAUACCGGUCAACUAUUCCUCUUAUUUGUGGUAUUUCUGCAGGCUCAGCAGUUAUCAUUUUGUUUAGUGUCAGCUUCUGUGUGAUAAUAAAACAUAGAGAACGUAAUUAUUCUACAAAGACAAGGCCUAAAGAAGGAGCUCUUCAUUUAGAAACACGAGAAGUAUAUUCUAUUGAUCCAUACAACCCAGAUUAUCUACCUCUGCUCACAGAUGACAAUGACCUUCCAAUCAACCCUGAUGGUGGGGACCAGCUAUACCCUGAGAACGACAACGUCCCUAAUCAGCAGGAAAACUGUGCUUCCGACAGUGUGAAGAGAAUGAAGGUUUCUUCUCGGAACUUAGAGCCUCUGGGCCACGUGGGGUACCUUGUAUUCUCCUGUCGCGGAGGAGUCCAGCUGGCGGUCCUACUGCUGUUCUUGCUGCCGUCUACUUGGGGCCAGUGUAAGGGCCCAUCACAAUUUUCAUUUGCCAUGCUUAUAAAUCAAACUGGUGAAUCUGAGUUUCCCAUUGGAACAUCUUUGAAGUAUGAAUGUCGCCCAGGAUAUUACAGGAAGCAGUUCUUCAUCACCUGCCAAAAAAACUCAGUCUGGACAAGUGCUAAAGAUGUGUGUACACGUAGACAGUGUGAAACUCCUGCAGAUCCUCUUAAUGGCAUGGUACAUGUGCACAAAGACACUCGGUUUGGAUCCAGUAUUAGUUAUACUUGUAAUCUAGGAUACCGUCUCAUUGGUUCUUCCUCUGCUGUAUGCAUCGUCUCAGAUAACACUGUCACUUGGGAUAAUGAGGCACCUGUUUGUGAUUUGAUUCCUUGUGAGCAGCCCCCAGCCAUUCCCAAUGGAGAUUUCGGUGUUGCCAGAGAAGAUUUUCAUUAUGGAAUGGUGGUUACCUAUCGCUGCAACUCUGAUGCAAGGGGGAAGAAGCUUUUUAACCUGGUGGGUGAGCCCUCCAUACACUGUACCAGCAAUGAUGGUCAAGUUGGAGUCUGGAGUGGUCCUCCUCCUCAGUGCGUUGAACUCAACAAAUGUACACCUCCCCAUGUUGAAAAUGCAGUCAUGGUGUCUGAAAACAGAAGCUUGUUUUCCAUAAGGGAUAUUGUGGAGUUUAGGUGUCAGCCUGGCUUUACCAUGAAAGGAAACAGCAGUGUGCAGUGUCACUCUCUAAACAAAUGGGAGCCAGAGUUACCAACCUGCUUCAAGGCUGCCCCUAAAAUCCAACACUAGGAGUAUACUACAAAACAAAAUCAGUUUUCUUCCAAGCAGAAACUGCUCCACUGCUAUAAGCCAAGCUACAUUCUCCAUGGAGCUGUUUCUCUGCACUGCAGUCUGUUUGGCUCUUUUUCUCCAGUGCAAUCCUGUGGUGCUUUCCUGGACCAGCUUCCUAAUGGGCGUGUGCUAUUUCCACUAAAUCUUCAACUUGGGGCCAAAGUGUCCUUUGUUUGUAAUAAAGGGUUUCAAUUAAAAGGCAGUUCUGCUAGUUAUUGUGUUCUUGCUGGAAUGGAAAGCAUUUGGAAUAACAGUGUUCCUGAGUGUGAAAAAGUGACAUGUAGCCUCCCACAGAAUAUGAAUGGAAUCCAGACGGGGUUGAAAAUAAAAGAAGAAUAUUACUAUGGAGAUAAUGUAACCUUGGAAUGUGAGGAUGGGUAUACUCUAGAAGGCAGUUCCCAGAGCCAGUGCCAGUCAAAUGGCAGCUGGUAUCCUCCUCUGGCCAAAUGUGUAUCACGCUCAAAUAGUGGCCUCAUAGCUGGAAUUGUCGUUGGAGUUGGAAUAAUCUUUAUUUCAUUUAUCGCUGUUUCUUAUUGGAUGAUUCGGAAAUAUAAAAAACGCAAUAUCACAGGUGAAAAGUGUAAAGAAGUGAGUAUCUGUUUAAAUUCAGAAGGAGACAGCUGUGUUCGCCCUCAAGUUCUGCUCACAAGUCAAGAGAACAACAGUUUCACUAGUCCAGCUUGAAAUUCACUCACGCAAGAAGCCUCCUAAACAGCAGCAUUGCAAAAUGAUGUCUCUGUCUGAAAUUCAAAGUAUCGGCUGCCUGUAUCACUUUCAAAAUAAACUAUUUUCUUUUAAGAUCCAGAUGUGUGGUUCAAACAUGUGAUUUCAGCACUUGAGAGGCUGACAAAGAAGGAAUGACACAAAUUCAAGGCCACUCAGGACAUUUAACCUGUGUCAAGAAUGAAAAAAUAAAAAGUAGUAUGAACUCAUUUUUUUUAAAUGGUAAAUAUACAGAAUACUUUAUAUAUAUUGAGCCAGAUAUGAUGGCUGACUUCUAUAAUCCUAGCAGUUACUCUAGAGAACUCUAAGGCAAGAGGAUACCUUGAUUCUGAAAAGAAAAACCAAAAAUCCUAUCAUAAACAGAUCAAGGUCAUUCUUGACUACAGUCUUCCAAAGCAUCAGGGUUCAUUAUUUUUGGAAACACUUUGUAAAUACGGAGUGAGAAUCUACACUAAGCACAAGACUGUGUGUCUAGGCCAAAUGUCAAAGAGAUAACAAGGAGGAGGCAUAUGGUGAAGAAAAGAUUGUAGGCACUGCAGGUAGUGGGUGAUGCUGACCAGUCUUGAGAGAUAGAAAGAGAACAAUGAUGAGCAGUCAAGUAGGCAGAGACAGCUGGAGGCCAGGUGGGCCCUCAGGGGUUUGUCCACUGGUUGAAGGACAGCGUUCAGGCCAAAAAGGAAAGGCUUCAGUCCUGUGAGGGAAGAGCUUGGUACCCUGUACUGAAUAACCACCGUUGGUUAUUUUUCGUGAUAGUAACAGGACAAACUGAUUCUUCUCUCAAAGGACUUGUCACUAUUUACACCUCUCCCACAAGCACACAUCUAAAGAGUUUCAGGGAAAUACUUUGUAUCUUGUGGGUGACCUAUGUAUUUUCUAUAGCUAGUCUCUGUUUCUUAACUGACAAAAGGAAAAAUAAAAAAUGUAAUCAUUAAUCUCUUCUUUCUAUUCCACUUCCUCCUUUACAUCAUCAUACUUUCUUGUGCCCUGCAUAAAAACAAUAAAAGAAGGUAAUAAACACUUUUGAUGAAUCUGCA